CGCAGAGACCCCAAGGGCAGCAAAAGGCCAUUCGUCGACCCCGCCCCGAGCCCCCUAUCCUUUCACCCCCAUCGCCCUGUGCUUGCUGCCCGACAAGUCCAUCCAGGCUGAUUGUUCGCAUGGUCAAACAGCCGCGCCUGUAGUCAGGGAGACAGAACGUCCCGCUCCCGCCAGCACAAGCAACCCUCGUUUGCUGCAUCGCCCGCCGCGAGCCCCGCCCGCCCUCCGCGACCCUCCUCCCAGCGCGCCUGCUGCUCGCUCGCUGCACGCAGAAAGACGCCCAGACAGCCGCUCUGCCCGCCUGGCCCGCCCUCGCCCCGCCUCCACCGCGCCGCCCCGUGGCCAGCACGCCGUGAGAGCUCCCUGCAAAACCAAUCCCCAGAGCCGCCCCUCGCGCGUGCGGAUGUGCAGUAGACGCUGACGGGCCCUGCAACGAAAGAAGGUGACAUGGCCGACUACAACCAGCAGCAGGGGAGAGAGUACGCGCGCCCCGGCCAACCCACUGGCGCCCGGGAUGCCGCCUUUGCGAACAUCUUCGGGGCCAGCCCAGCCAUGGCAGGGCGCUCGCAGACCAUGACUUCGCAGCGGCCCAUGAUGCAGCAGGACCGAGCCGCGACCAUGUCCGCGCAGACGGCCGACAUGAUGCAGCGCGCGCCCCCAAUGCGACAGCCAAUAAACGGCUAUGAUCGGCGCCCUCCACCGCAAUUUGACCAGCGGCCUCCUGCCAACUACGACCAGCAGCGUCCGCACGGCUACGGCCAGCAGCCCGACGGCUACAACCGCGGGCCUCCGAACGGCUAUCCACCACAGCAGAGAAUGGCCGACGGCGUCUCCCCACCCCAAGCUCAACGCCAGCCCCAACCGCAGUAUCUCCCUCGACCACUUCGGCCCGAGCGUCAGCCAUAUGGGCAGCCCCAGCGCUUCGAUUCACGCGACUCCCCACAGGGACAGCCGCCCUUCAACAAGCCUGUGCCGCAGCGUUUCGGCCCUGGUCCUGGCCCGGCCAUGCACAACGACCCGUACCGAUCGCAGUCAAUGGCCGCCGUACCUCGCCCCCAGUUCAAUGCGCCAGGCCCUGGGUACAUGUCUCCUGCGAAUACAUUCCGGCAGCAGCCCUACAUGAAUCACAUGGCGCGAACAACUGCUCAAGGUCGCGUGGUGCCAGAGCGCCCUGACGAACGUACCAUGUCCAUGACUUCCUACUCUCGAGAUCCCGAAUACGCGCAGACAAUGAGUGGAAGAGUUAUUCCUUCAAGGAGAAGAGAGUCGGGAGAUCCCGAGACUUCGCCUAUGGCUGAUCCGAACCAAGUAUCGCCGCCUAUGAGUGCUGGACCAGGAAGCAAGACAAGGAACGCGAGCCACGGCAGCCAAGGCAGCAUACCUCAGAUCCGGACCAUGUCUAUGGCAUCCACGGUCGUCCCGCCCUCUGAACGCACCGACACAAUGAGCUCGUCAAUGACGCGGCCCAGUUCUACCCAGACUGUGACCAGCAACAACCGAGCUUCCUCACAGUCCAAUCAAGGUGGCCAAGUAGGAAUCGUAGCUCAGCGUCGUUCUCCCCUUGUGUAUCCCGCUCUGCUCUCUCGGGUAGCCGAAGUGUUCAAGGAUCGCAUCCCGAUCACUGAAAAGCAGAAGGACGGACUGGUUUACAACAACUCCUUCACUGGCGCAGAAGCAGUCGACCUCAUAGCGUACAUCAUCAAAACCACGGACCGGAACCUUGCACUACUCCUGGGCCGCUCGCUCGACGCCCAGAGGUUUUUCCACGAUGUUACGUACGCCCAUAGGCUCCGUGACUCGACCAACGAGGUAUAUCAGUUUCAGGAGACGAUGCUGGAAGAGGGGGCAGAGCAGGUCAACGGUGUCUUUACCCUUCUUACGGAAUGUUAUUCGCCUACGUGUACGCGCGAUCGACUUUGUUACUCAAUCGCAUGCCCACGCCGCUUGGAACAACAAGCCCGAUUGAACCUGAGACCCACGGGUCUGAAGCGCGAAACUUCUCACGCUAGUUUGCACGAGGACCUCGACUCGGAGGAGCAGAAACUCUGGAUCAACACUGUCUCCAAGGAGGUCGCUGAAAGCGUCUCUGAUAAGGAGAAGAAGCGGCAAGAAGUUAUUUCGGAACUUAUGUACACCGAGCGUGACUUUGUGAAGGAUUUGGAAUAUUUGAGGGACUUCUGGAUGAAACCGCUACGGAACCCCGCGACAUCACCUAUUCCGGAACAUAGGAGGGAGAAAUUCGUGAGGACCGUGUUCUCGAACUGUCAAGACGUUUACAUGGUCAACUCUAGACUUGCAGAGUCUCUCACUCGGCGACAGCAGAAAAACCCAGUGGUGGACUCCAUCGGCGAUAUCUUCCUAGAAUAUGUGCCCCACUUCGCACCUUUCAUCAAGUAUGGCGCAAAUCAGCUGUUCGGUAAGUACGAGUUUGAGCACGAGAAGCGGACCAAUCUCCAGUUCACGAAGUUUGUGGACGAAGUGGAGCGAAUGAAAGAGUCGAGGAAGCUUGAACUUAAUGGUUACCUUACCAAGCCUACAACGCGUCUAGCAAGAUAUCCCCUGCUCUUGGAGAAUAUUCAGAAAUACACCGCAGACGACAACCCCGACAAGCAAGACAUACCCAAGGCUAUCAAGAUGAUCAAGGACACGCUUUCCAAGGUUAACAUUGAGUCCGGCAAGGCUGAAAACCAUUUCAAUCUUAUGCAGUUGAAUCGGGAUCUCAAGUUUAGGCCCGGCGAGUUUGUGGAUCUGAAGUUGACCGACGAGAACCGACAACUAGUCUUCAAGGGCAACCUCAAGAAGACGCCAACUGAACAGACGGGCGACAUCACUUGCUACCUCUUCGACCAUGCUGUACUUCUCGUCCGCUCCAAGGUCGUCAACAAGCGCGAAGAGCAGAAGGUUUAUAAAAAGCCAAUUCCAUUAGAACUCUUAGUCAUUGGCCAAAUGGAUGAGAUCAUUCCCAAAAUCGGCAUCGCGAAGCGCCCAUCGGCCAAUUUGAUGGGUGCCAAGGCAAUCGCUGCAGCAACACCGAAGGGCGAUGCAGCGAAGCAGCAGAUUUAUCCAAUAACUUUCAGACAUCUUGGAAAGGGUGGUUACGAGCUUACUCUAUACGCAAGUACCCAGAUAUCCCAGCAAAAGUGGAUGGAGCAUAUCGAUUCGCAACAGAAGAACUUGAGGGACCGCAGCAACAUUUUCACUCGGUCCAUCAUCAAUGAAGGGUUCUUCACCGCAGCCAUCCGGGUUACUUGCGCUGUUCCGCUGGACGGUGGUCGAAAAAUCGCUUUCGGUACCGACGCUGGUAUUUUUGUUACUGACCGCAAGCCGAAGGAUGCGUCACACAAGCCACAGCGAGUACUCGAUUGCAAGGCGGUUACCCAAAUCGAUGUUCUCGAGCAACAUCAGAUCGUCCUGGUACUGUCCGAUAAGACCUUGUUCUCGUACUCGCUGGAAGCGUUGGACCCCAACGAGAACAACGCGGUCGCCAAGCGCCCGAGAAAGAUCUGUCAUGCCAACUUCUUCAAGUCCGGUAUCUGUCUAGGUCAGCAACUAGUUGCCUCAGUCAAAACAUCGACUUUGUCCACGACUAUCAAAGUCUUCGAGCCUAAGGAGAACAUGGCGAACAAAUCGAGGAAGUCUGGCUUCGCCAAGAUGCUCUCGACCGGACAAGACCAGCUUAAGCCGUACAAGGAGUUCUACAUUCCCACAGAAUCUACUUCCAUACACUUCUUGCGGUCCAAGCUCUGCGUUGGGUGCGCGAAGGGCUUUGAGGUUGUUAGUCUUGAAACAUUGGAGACGCAGUCACUACUGGAUCAGGCCGACACCUCGCUCGACUUUGUUGUACGGAAGGAAAACAUCAAACCAAUUCAUAUCGAACGAUUGGCGAGCGAGUUUCUUCUCUGCUACACGGACUACUCCUUUUUCGUCAACAGGAACGGGUGGCGAGCCAGGCCUGAUUGGCGAAUUGCAUGGGAAGGUACACCGCAAGCAUUUGCCAUCUUCCAUCCUUAUAUCCUCGCUUUUGAGCCUAGCUUCAUCGAAAUACGGCAUAUGGAGAGCGGAGCUCUUGUACACAUUGUCACAGCGAAGAAUAUCAGGUGGCUGCACACAUCCACCAGAGAGAUUAUUUAUGCAUAUGAAGAUGAGUUGGGUAACGAUGUUAUUACGAGCCUGGACUUUUGGCAGACGGCACCUGGGCACAAGCAAUCCAUCGAGAACAACCGCUACAACGAGAAGAACUGAGGGCAUCGAAAGAACUUUAGACAAAUACCCUCAUCAGGCCAAAUAUUCAGGGCCACGUGCAGCUCCGUGGGUAGCAUCUGCCGCCCAGACCACGAUAGGCUUGCUCCCUUUCGAUGCGAUGGUCCGAUGGACUUCCCGCGCCAUCGCAUUUCCUCUCGUCUGUCUGACCGCGCAACUCUUGGUCAAAGCCAUAUCUCAGGCUGCAGUCCGCAGCAUGGAUCGCCUCGCCGCGCGGGCAAGCAGGUGCAGCUUUGAGUUGGGCCUCUUCUCCUUUCGCCCAUUGAUUUAGCGGGCAUUUGUAUUAUACUUCCUUCUUGGCUAGCCUAGGCAUGAGCUGGUGCUCGUUCGUUGGGGGGAUUUGAAGCGGGUGAUUGGAACGCAUUAGACGAGAUAACAUGGGGCGAUUACUCUGCGAUAGUGGGCCAUGUGCUGGUGGUAAUGAGAAGGCGAUCUCGUUGUUGAGCGUUACACCCCG